AUGUUGCUAAAGUUAAUUUUGCUCAAUUUACUUUUAACAACAUCCAAAGGGAAGGUGAGACAGAGAAGGUAUCUCGUAUAUCCCGACGGAGGACCCGCCCGAGCUCAGUUUAUUAUCGGCGUGGGUAUACCCGUCGAUUUGAAAGAAGCGUCCGUUACAGUUGGCACAGUUAUAAAAUUUCAAUAUGAUUUACCAACAAACAGUACUGAAUAUACCUCUAGGAUCUAUGGGUUCGCCAACACAGUAGCUGGAAGAGAUAUGGAAGACGAGCAAGGAAAUAUUGAGGAGGAUGAUAGCACACGUUCUGUUAUGUUUGACGAGGCAAGGAAUGACGUAGGUGAAAGCUACAAUGAUACAUUGGUAGAUAUAACGUUUAGUGAUAGAAGGAAGCGAUCACUCAUGUAUUCGGAAGGAGGAACAGGAAACGAUAUUGAUGACUACAGUGUGAACAGUGAAUUACCCUUACAAGAGGCUAUACGGCGUCAAGAAUUGCUGGACGGCAAACGCUUACAAGACAAAGAAGAACCUCAAAGAAUGAACAGAUGGGACUUCUAUAAAAUAAUGGAGAAAAUGCUUGAAAGGUACGGUUAUUCAGGCAGACCUUGCUUGCUGCGGAGCAUCUGCGAAGCGGCGGAGGUACCUUUCACAUAUGAAAACGGGUUGCUUGGAGAAAUUGGUCAUAUAUUAUUCACACCGUCGACAACUAAAGAUAGCUUGUCACAUCACACCGAUAACGAGUACCAUGCGGCUGAGAGACUUGGAAGAUCGAUAGAUAGCAAUUGUGAGAUGAUGUUCCCAGAAUGUGAAUCCUCGAUUCUAGAGACAUUUACUGGCAUUGGAAUGGAAACCUUACAUAAAUUUGGGUUGUAUUGAUAUUAAAAAAUUUUGACUGAGUUA